AUGCCUGUGCUCCCACUUGUAGCCCUCCUGAGUAGCCUGCUGGCGUCCACGUGGGCCGGCUCGGCCCCGGGAGCUGGCAUCGUGGGCGGCAAGAAGGUUAGGCGUGGGGAGUUCCCCUUCCUGGCCUCGAUUCAGCAUGAGGGGAACCACUUCUGCGGGGGCGCCCUAAUCCACAGGCGCUUCGUCCUCACUGCGGCCAGCUGCUUCCGUGUCAGGAACCCGGGAAUUACCACUGUGGUGUUGGGGGUCUACGAUUUGAGACGCCGUGAGAGUUCGAGACAGACCUUCUCUGUCAGGAGCAUCAGUGAGAAUGGUUAUGACCCCCAGCAAAGCCUGAACGAUGUGCUUCUGCUGCAGCUGGACCGUGAGGCCAACCUGACCAGCAGUGUGGCACUGGUGCCGCUACCCGCACAAAACACCACGGUGGAAGCCGGCACCCGCUGCCAGGUGGCCGGCUGGGGGCUCACGCAGCGCAGUAGAUUCCUCUCCCGCUUUCCAAGGGUCGUCAACGUCACCGUGACCCCUGAGGAGCAGUGUCGUCCAAACAACGUGUGCACGGGUGUGCUUACUCGCCGGGGAGGCAUCUGCCAGGGUGACGGGGGCACCCCCCUUAUCUGCAACGGCCUGGCCCAUGGUGUGGCCUCCUUCUCUCUAGGGCCCUGUGGAAGGGGCCCCGACUUCUUCGCCCGUGUGGCUCUCUUUCGAGACUGGAUUGACUCCAUUCUAAACACUCCAUCAGAUGAGCCUGUCAGGGGACUGUGA